UAUCACUUCAACUCAAACCACAAUCCACUCAAGUCAAUACUUCCACACAAUCAAAAUGUCUCUCAUCUCCUCUCUCCCCAGCGGCAACCCGGAGAACGUAACCUCCCUCUUCCGCCUCCUAGAUGACUACCACGACCACCUCUCGACCAAGUCGCCCGCCCUACUCUCCGCCCGAAGCUUCACCCCUCGCUUCGACGUGCGCGAAGAUAAAGAAGGCUACCACCUGGAAGGCGAGCUUCCCGGCGUAGCGCAAAAGGACGUCAACGUGGAGUUCACGGACGCGCACACGCUUGUCGUGAACGGGUCGACGCAGCGCGAACACAAGGAAGAAGAGGACAAGACGGCCGAGGGCGGGUCGCGGUUUGUGACGACUGAGAGGAGCUUUGGGUCGUUUCACCGCAGCUUUCACUUCCCUGCGCCUGUUAACCAGGAGAAUGUGAAGGCGAAGCUGAAGGAGGGGGUGCUGAAGGUGGAUGUGCCGAAGGCGACUAAGGGGGGGAAUAAGAAGAUUACUUUGGAGUAAGAGAGAGUGGUGGUAGGGUGUACUGCACUUGGUUGAUCAUGUCGUGUCUUGUAUAUUAAUGAAUCUUGAUCAAGG